GCACAUUCCUCCGCCGGCUCCCGGGUGCGUUCACUUGCAGACAGUCCCUUUCUUUCUGUGUUUCUAGACGCUCCCUUUAAAGGUUAGUCCUCCCCGUGCUGCCACUCAUUCUCGCACGGACGGGGUUGGAAGUUUGCCGACUCUCCCUGGAUCGCAGCCAAUCAAGGGUACUGGAAUUGGCCAUUUUUAAAGUAGGACCUCCUUUCUGGCAGUUGUUGGAAGGAGAGCAGAUACUAAAGCAUGAGGAGAGCGUCAGUCUACCCAAGCUGAGUCCUCCCUUCUGCCUGCCCGCUUGGAAUAUUGGAGUGCUGAACCCCACAGGUCUCCGUUGGCAAGUUUCCAUUUCCUCAGAAGGUGGAGGAGGCAGUACGUGGCCCCCCUCGCCCGCCUCACCGCGCCAUGAAGCUGCAGGCGGUGAUGGAGACGCUACAGCGCCAGCAGCGGGCACGGUUGCAGCAGGAAAUGGAGGCAAGGCAGCUGCAACAAGAUUCAGUGAGUGCUCCCUCUGAUGGGGGUUAUCCUGCAAAUGGCAUGGACGACACAGAACCAGAAGCCUUGAAAAUACAGCGAGCACAGGCUGCAGCAUUAGCUGCUAUGAGGGCUGCUGCUGCUGGACUCAGCCAACAGCCAAGCCCCGCUGCCUCAGAAGAGGAGGAUGACGAAGAGGAGGAUGAAGGGGAGAGCAUGCCAUCUGAGGAUGAGCGAGAAAGGGAUGGUGAAAGUGAACAUUACCAGGGGAUGGGAUCGGAGGAUGAGGAACUGAAGGGGAAAUGGGAUGAGGAUGAUUUUGAGGAUGAGGAAGACUAUGAAGACAUGGAAGAUUGUGUAGAUGUAGGUGAGGCUGGCAGAUCUAAAGAUAUAGCUCUUCCCCCAAAACACCCUGCCCAACAAGCCUUGCCAGCACAGCGCCCAUCAAUGGGAGCAGAUCGUCCAGGUCUCCCACAUAACGCACACCCUCAAAUUCAAGACCAUGGGGACUGGACAUACGAAGAGCAGUUCAAGCAGCUCUAUGAACUGGAUGGGGACCCAAAAAGGAAGGAGUUUCUUGAUGACUUAUUCAGUUUUAUGCAGAAGCGAGGAACCCCUGUGAACCGGAUUCCCAUAAUGGCCAAGCAGGUUUUAGAUUUGUACAUGUUGUAUGUGCUGGUCACUGAAAAGGGAGGGCUAGUGGAAGUUAUCAACAAGAAACUAUGGCGAGAGAUCACCAAAGGCCUAAACCUGCCAACCUCAAUCACCAGUGCGGCCUUUACCCUGCGCACACAAUACAUGAAGUAUUUAUACCCCUAUGAAUGUGAAAAGAGAAGCCUUAGUAAUCCAAAUGAACUGCAGGCAGCUAUUGACAGUAAUCGUCGGGAAGGACGCAGACAAAGCUUUGGAGGCUCCCUUUUUACAUACUCCCCAAGUGGAGCUCCAAGUAUGCUUUCCUCCCCAAAAAUGCAGGUUUCUGCCAUGACACUAGGGGGCGCUGCAACGAAUGGAAGCUCGCUUAACCCAAUGCAGAAGAUCAAGAAGGAAGAGGAAUCUCCAUUGUCCUUGACUGUGCCGUCCAGGAUGCCGGUUACCUUGACUGGGCACUCUAUGGUGGCAGCUCAGGUGGCCGCCCAAGCAGCAGCCCUAGAGCAGCUUCGCGAAAAACUGGAGUCUGGGGAGCCCCCAGAAAAAAAGUUGGCACUGGGAUCUGAGGAACAGCAGCGUUUGGUGCAACGGGCUAUCCAGCAGAACCUACUGGCCAUGACCACGCAGUUUCCCAUGAAUAUCCGCAUUAACAGCCAAGCUGAGGGCAGACAGGACUCUGCUGUUAACCUCACUACCAAUGGCACAAACAGUAUUAGUAUGUCUGUGGAGCUUAACGGUAUUGUAUACACAGGUGUGUUGUUUGCUCAACCUCCUACCUCAACGUCUGGAAUCAGCAAAGGAAGUGUCACCCGGACUGCCAGUAUGGGAGGGGCCAGUAGCACAUCGGUGGCACCACUUUCUGCUCCCCCAGCUCCCUCUUCCAACAGCUCUUCACCCUGACAGUACCGCCAAAUCCCAAUACAGCUGACGCCAAAAACAAAAGGAGAAAACUAAAACAAAACACAAAAACAGGAAAUUGCUCUGUUUCACACUCAGGUUUAUUGCUUCUUGUCAGUGGGAAACCCCUGGAAUGCAUAGUAGGGUUGCGAGGAAGUUUGGGCUGAGCCAGUAUGGGGUCUGAAGUGUCAGCCCCUGUCCUUUUUGUGAAAACUCAUAUACCUCACUUCUUGCACUGCAAAAAAAUGAUCGUAAAAAAAGUAAGUAUAUAUAAAAUAUACUUUUUUUUUUUCUAUUAUUAUUAUUAUUAUUAUUAUUAUUAUUAUUGUAAUACCUCCAUACACAAAAAAACACUGCCCACUUCCUCACCCUAACUGUGCUGUCAGGAUCCUACUUACAUGCAAUUUUAUUUUUUAUUUUAAACUUUUAGUACCGACAAAGGAAGAGAUUUUAAGAGAUUUUUGUGUAAAUGGCUUUUAUUCUUAAACGAAGGAGAGAAAAAAAAAAUAUAUAUAUAUAUUGCUGUAUCCCCGGCGCUGGACUUUUAAGGGGGCACAGAAUAUCUGUAUGAUGAGAUGUGCCUGCUGCUCUUCAAAAGGCUUGUUGGUCUAGCCAUUCCUGCCCUCACAGACUCUAGAAUGUAAUCAUGGGGAGCAGGGAAUGUAGACCACUGAAUGUUUGGCUUUUUUUUUUUAUAUAUAUUCCUGUGGUUGCCUGAAGUUUUGGGGUUCAGGUAGCAUCUAAACCUCAAGUAGCCUCCACCAUUCCAUUGAUUCCCUCCCCAAUGCAACUUUUUUUAUACGGGUCAUUUGGCAAAAGUAAGUUGCCGCAAAGCAGGUUAUUCCUGUUUUAAAAAUUUUCAUUAAAAAAAAAACAUCUAAAAUGUUUUCCAAUCGGCUGGCUAAAAAAUUGCAUUACAUUGCUCUAUCAACUUCAAAACAGGUGGCUUGGAUGGAAAGUGAAGCACUCUGAGGAAACAAUAUAUGGAGUUCAGGUUUUUCUGGAACAUUAACUGAGAACAGAUAAUGGUCGAUUUUGUCCAUGCCCAACCAAAUAACUUGUUUGUGUCGAUAAGUAGUGCUAUUUGAAGUUUUACACAAUGCCCAACUACUGUUGUCUUGAUUGCUCAAAUAGUAGUUUAAAAUGGAGGCUAUUUGAAUGGCUGACCAGAAGAUGUAAGCCGUAUAAUGGAGAAACCACAUCUGUUAAAUUAUGGACACUUUUGCGCUUUUAUAUUUUAUGCACGUUCCAAAGUAACCUUCCAUAUUGAAGUGAUAUGUUUUUAUUUUUUUUAUUUUUUAGGCUCAACAGACAGACAUAAAAUAUUUUGUUGAACUAGGUAGGGCUCAGUGGCUUCUAUAGGGCUUCUGCAUCUUCUAGUACACCUGGGACCUAGUAUGCAUAGUGCUGUGCAACUUGGCUUGCUUUAUUCUGCUGCCUUCCAUCUCUCUGAAUAUUAUUUUAGCUUAAGAUUGUGUCCCCUUUUGAACUAUCAUGCUUGUAAACAUACAAAGUUUUUUAUAUGUGAAGUUUCACCAGUAAGUCUUUUGUGCUUGCUUGAAGCUUAAAUGCAUCUUUAGUCAGUUAUAUCAAGAUUAAAGGAAAAAAAAAAAAAGCAUUUGUAGGUACUUUCAGAAAGUCCUGCUGCUCUUAAUUUCCUGGCAAGUGAAAUUGGCAAGGCCCCAUAAAUGGGAGAAAAAGUUAUAUUGCAAGGUAAAGCAUUAUCCCAGAUGAGUGAUAUGUCAUAUAUAGGUUAAGUCUGCUGGACUGAGGACUCGGAAAAAAGGUCACCCAGCUAUUGUCCCCCCCCCCCCCUCUCUAUCUUGGAGUCUCGUUCUUCCUCCCCCUCUGUUGCAUUCUUUAUCAUUUCAUACAAAAAAAUAUUUUAGGAGAGAUGGAGCCCCUCACAAUUACUCACAGUAGUAACGGGCAGAAUUGGCGGCUCAAACAUGGUGAACUUAUCACUGAAGUCCCUAAGGGGCCACUGGGCGGUCUAACUUUCCAGUUUUUACCUAAAACUAAAAUGCCAGUUUGUGUCCCAAUGAGCCAUUAAUAUGACCUGGUUUGUGGUUUGUCUAAUAGUUCACUACGGAACCUUGCAUACUGCACAUUCUGGAUGAUGCACAGCCAAUUAAUUUUGGCAACAUUUUAUUUUAUAUGUAAAAGGUCCUCAUAGUAAUAUUGAUUUUGAGCCUGUGUCUUGUGGUAGAUUCCCUUACCCAUUCCCUGUAGCCUUUUACUCCCAAAGACCAUUCAGUACAGUCCUUUUAACUGCACUGAAAACAUAAAUGUAAUGUGAGAUGUCAAAGAGCGGCCUUAUUUGGGGUUGGUCAUCCCCGUGAGUCAUGAUGACCAGAAAAUACAGUCUAAAAGUAGUUUAUUAAUAUUUAGAAAAAAAUAAAUAAAUACUCAAGGAUAGAGUGUGCUGGGCAGGGUAUAGUAAGACUCAGGGUGUGGAUUUUUUUCACCACCUCCUCUCAUCCUUUCGCUGCUUUUCCCUUCAUGCCCUAAUAAUUGGGCUGGGAUAGAUAGUUUAAUGAAAUAUUCUCUAAUAUAUAUAUAUAUAGUGUGUGUGUGUGUGUGUGUGUGUGUGUGUGUAUUUACAUGAGUUGCUCCAUGUGAAUCUGAGACAGAGCUGGAUUUAAACUCAGGGGAUAUAUUGUUUUCUGUGGCUCUGUCUCCUAUGCCUGGGGGUUAAGCGGGUAGUUUUGACUUUUUUUCUUUUUGUGACUUUUUAUCCUUUGUCCCCACACAUUGUUUUUGGAGGCAGAGUGCUGUAUUGUAGACUGCCUCAGGGAAAAGACCUGUAGGGGGUGUUUGUUUGAUAUUCCAUAUGGAUUCUGGGACUUUGCUUCAUUUAGAAAUUGCUUUUAUUUUGGUAUUCUUUUUACCUACAUAUACAAACUGGAGAAAGUGUAUGAAUGUGAGAACAGGUUGUCUGUGCAUGUGGAUAUACUUCAUUGUAUCACCUGCAUUGUGCGGUAUAGGUACAUUAGAUUAACUAAUAGCUACACUGCUCAUCUACGUAUUAUUGGUUUCACAGUAGAAGGCCAAACCUUAUAAAUCAUAGUACUUAUUAUUUUACACGGAUCCUACACACAGUAUAUGUUGAAAGGUUGCUCUAGAUGUUCUUGAUAUGUAAUGGUCUUUCGAAUCCAUUAAAAAAAUCAGAUGUCUGCUUUGUCUGAAAGUCUACUUUUCCAGUAGUUCUGAUAGUAUUGUUAGUCUUACACUGAGCUGACCUAGUGCAUUGCCCCUAGCUUCCUCUGGGAUCCUUUGCAUCACCUUAAUACACAUUUUUAUUUAAGCCUUUGCUCAUAAUGCAUCCCUCAUCAUUUUUUCAAGAUGCACUAAAUGCCUUCUAUUUACAUCAUGCUAAAGUGCUUAGGUAAUGUCCAGUGGCUUUUUUUUAUCCUGGGGGCGGUGGGACACCCCAGAACUGUCAAAUGGCAUGGGACACAUUUCUUCUUUUUGUCUUGGCUUUCUGUUUGUAUUUUAGGGGUUAGAUUAUUUAGCAAUGUUUGUAAAAUAUCAUUUGUUUCUUGCUUUUAUGGGACUUUUUUUUUUUCUCUACUCUGGUCAAUACCAUUUCACCACAUUGUCCUGUAGCCCUGUGGGUUUUCUGCUAAGCCUAAAGAAAAAUGGUGAAGGGGGGCAUUGGUGAAGAAAUAGGCAAUAUCCCCAUAAUCUGGGUAAAGCAGGGCUAUAUAGCAUUUGGUGGUGAAAACAAAACAUUGCAGAUUUAUAUGGACUCUGUUUAUACUAGAGCAGCCUGUGUCUCCUUGUCAAUCAAUAUGUGCUGCAAGCCCUUCUGGUAUAAAUGGAGUUAAGCUCAGGAAUGUCACUUCUCUACCUCAAAACUCUGUGGGUAUAAUUGCUCACAUUGCUGGAAACAUAUUUCACAGGUGUUUUUUUAUUUUUAUUAUUUUCCCCCCCUCAUUCUACAGGUAUAAGCCUUGUGAUUAUAAAUAGUCUAAUGUAUAAAAAAA